UAUGUAUAUCUCUCACUACAACGUAAUCCAAUUCCAACCAUAUAGCAUGGCUUCUCUCCUUCUCUCCUUGUUAAUUCUCUUCUCCAUCUUCUCUUUUAAUAUUGCAUACAGUGAUAGUUCUGCAGGGAUGAGCAUGAAUCUCAUUCACAGAGACUCAUCUCGCUCUCCAUACUACAACCCAUCUCUAACGUCCAAAGAUCGUGCCCGUGCCAUUAUUGACCGUUCUCUCUAUCGUGCUCAUUAUCUCUCGUCCCUCAUCUCCAGUUCAACUUCAUCACCUUCAUCCAUAGAAGCAAAGAUAAUUCCAAACUCCUUUGAAUAUCUCAUGGAGUUCGAGAUAGGCACUCCACCAUUCAAAGUCCUUGCCAUCGCCGACACCGGCAGUGAUCUUAUAUGGCUCCAGUGCAAGCCAUGCAUCCAGUGCUACCAUCAAAUCCCACCCAUCUUUGAUCCCAGAAACUCGUCCACCUUCUCUACUGUUUCUUGCAAGACAGACAGCUGUGAGGCAAUCCCCACUGCAGGCUGCGGCAAGGGUUCAUUGUGUCAAUACCAGUACAGCUACGGCGACCAGUCUUUCACCAUCGGCGACCUCGCUCAGGAGACACUUACCUUCUCGUCCAACGCUAGUGGUGGCUCCUCCUCUCUCCCUAAACUCUUCUUCGGCUGUUCCCAUAAAAGCAACGGCACUUUUGACAAGCAUGGCGGCGGGCUGGUCGGUCUCGGAGGUGGUUCUUUGUCAUUGGUGUCCCAGUUAGGCUCAUCCAUUGGUAAAAAGUUCUCUUACUGUCUGGUUCCAUACGGUGAGAACGCUACUUCAACUCUCAACUUCGGCAAGGACGCAACUGUCAAUGGCCCAGGCGUUGUAUCCACUCCCAUCAUCCCCGGCUCACAGGACACUUUCUACUUCCUCAGUCUGGAGGAGAUCACUGUUGGAAAAGAUGAUAAUAAUAGUGUGGUUGCGACUACUACUACUACUCCAUCCGGAAGUCGGAAAAAGGAUGACGUUGAAGGUAACAUCAUAAUCGACUCUGGCACGACCAUCACCUUCAUACCUUCCACCAUGUUGAAGCCUUUGGUGACCACCUUAUUGGAUAAAAUCAAGCUCACCAGAGUCGAUGAUCCUGAUGGUUUCUUCUCCCUUUGCUUCAAAGACGAUGGUUCGUCGGUUUCUGAUGACGCAUUCCCAGACAUCACGUUCAAGUUCACUGAUGCGCCGGUGGUGCUCUCGCCGCUGCAAGCGUUCGUACAUAUAAGUGAUGACGUUGUUUGUUUGGGCAUGGUUUCUAGCGAUGAUAUGGGAAUCUCUAUAUACGGUAACGUAGCACAGCAGAACUUCCAUAUUGGCUAUGACCUCAUCAAUAAACGUCUUUCCAUUGCUCCUGCUCAAUGUUCUAAUUACUUAUAGCCGCCUUGUUUAAUCCGUGUUUCU